UUUAGAUUUAUUUUAGUAUAAUUAUAAAAUGGUGUGGCCUACAGAAUUUGACGAAAAACUAGGCGAAUAUGAUGCCAUGGAGCUGCCUGGUCAGCAGCUGCCAGCAACAAACGCUUUUACGCCAUUGGACCAUCUGCUGAACUUGGACAUCAAGGCGCCACCAGGCUGCCAAAGAUUGACUCCCAUUAUUGCCACUAUGGGCAAAUCGACGAACGAAUUAGAAGUAAUGGAGAAAAUGAUGGCAGCGGGAAUGAACAUAGCCUUAAUCAACAUGUCGUUCGGGUCGCGAGAGGAGAAUGUGGAUACGAUUAAGAUGUUACGGCAAGCUGCGAAGAACUUCAGCGUCAAUAUGGGCAGGAAUUACCCCCUGGCCAUCGCUGUCCAACUAGCUGGCAGGAAGAUACGGACGGGACGCAUUGCUGACAGUUACGGUGAAAGCGUAGAGUUAAAAACCGGCGAAGUUGUUCGACUCACAACAGAUGAAACGUACAGAGAAAGAUGUUCCACGUACACAGUUUACGUUGACUUCAUGUACUUCGCCGAUCAAAUGAACAAGAAUGAUCUGGUUCUCUUAGAUAAUGAGACAAUCAUGUUGAAAGUGGAGAUGAUUUCAGCGACAACACUUACCUGCAAAAUCGAAAGAGGGGGCUUUUUGGGUUCAUACAAGGAUGUGUUUGUACCCAAUGUUGUGUUCGAUAUGCCAAACUUUACUGACAGAGACAAACUUGAUGUAGAAAUGGCAAUCAAGAACCAGGUUGAUAUUCUUAUCGCAUCAUUUGUAAAUUCAGCAAGCGCUGUCACCGAGCUCAAAGGAAUUUUAGGUGAAAAAGGAAAGAAGAUCGCCAUCAUUGCUAAUAUUCAAACUAUUGAAGGUUUUAACAACUUUGAUCAAAUUUUGACUGUUGCAAACGGUAUCAUCAUAACUAGACAAGAGCUUGGAUCAGAUAUUACGCCAAAAAAAUUGGUCAUAGCCCAGAAGAACAUGAUAGCCAGAGCAAACAAGAAUAACAUUCCUGUCUGCAUCAGUGCACAUUUGUUAAGCAGCAUGAGGUACAAAAAGAUACCUCUAAGAUCGGAACUGCUAGAUAUAGCCAAUUGUAUCUUAGACGGUGCGGAUGCUCUGAUACUUACAGCUGAAACUGCUGUGGGGCAGUACCCAGUUGAUACAGUGGCCUGUUUAGCAAGUGCUUGUAAAGAAGCAGAAGCUUGCGUUUGGACUAAGCAACUUUAUCAUGAUCUUAUAGAAAAGACACCACUACCCUGCGACCAAGCAACAGGCGCAGCUUUAGCAGCAGUACUAGCAGCCCAAAGAGUUAUAGCGGCAGCAAUCGUCGUAGUGACCACUACAGGAAAGUCAGCUCAGCUCGUCGCUAAGUAUAGACCCAGGUGUCCCAUCAUUUCUGUGACUCGAUACGCACCUAUAGCUAGGCAGAUGCAUAUGUGGAGAGGAAUCAUUCCUUUGGUUUACGAGGAUUCUCCGGACGUUGACUGGCAGAAUGAUUUGGAGAAGCGUGUUAACUUCUGCACCAAGUGGGCCAUGGGUUUGGGCUUCAUCAGGGUGGGAGACCCCCUCGUCGUCGUCUCUGGGUGGAGGCAAGGCUCUGGCUUCACCAACACCAUGAGAAUCGUGUACACGGCUGCUGAUACCACAGUCGCUUGA